AUGGUAGCAACGCGACGAGCGCAGGCAAGCGCGACACCUCCGACCACGCCGUCAGCAGAACGACACUUGGACAUCCAAUCGGCGCCUGGAAGCAGCAAGAAGAUGAGCAAGGAGCUGCGUCGAUUGACCAUCGAUGCGAAUCCCAGUCUUGGAGGAGUCGCUGCUGCUCCAUCGUCGUCAUCCGCAUCGGCAAAACGAGGCACGCGGCGCACCGGAAUGCGACACGAAACGAACUCUCUACCAGACCAAGCGCCACCUCAUUUACUUCCUGAUGGCGGCGUCUUGCUCACCCCGUCGCCAUCGGACUCGCCAAACUCUCCACAUGUUGCUGCUGCCACUGAACGGGCCCCUUCUCCGCCUGCUGUGACACAACCGAAGACUAGCAAUCCCCAAUCUGAGACAGAGUUGCCUGCUCUCACGAUUAAAUCUGCCGGCAAACGCAAGAUCACCCAGUACUUUUCUGCUGUACCACAACAACCAAAGAACAACAAGCGUCGCAAACUCGACGGCGACCAUCUCGAUCCGCCUGCUCUGCAGAACACUCUGAGCGCUCCUCAACCACCUGUCACCAUACCUGCUACACUACCAACAGCGGCCAGUGCUCCUGAGCUCAAGUCAGACGCUGUCCAAGAGUCGGAACAAACCACAUCAACCCAUGUCGAGGAACCAGUAGUGGACCAUAAGAAGGCCACGACCAACAAGAUCCAAAAGAAAAAGGAGGAAGAAGAGAAAAAGGCCCUCAAGCGGGAACGAGAGUUGAAGCGUCUGCAGAUUGAUGCGAAACCUGCUUUGAUCGACAAACGUUCAAGGAGACAGACGACUCUUCCACCAGCACCACCAGACGACCAAGACUCGAGACCUGCAAAACGUCAACGUCUCAGUCUGCCUGCUCCUGCUGUUGCUGAAUCUUCAAGUGCUGCUACUCAACCAACCCAAGAACCUGAAAAGGUCGCUGAAGAAGUUGUUCAGGAGGCCACCGAUAUCAACUCCAUCGCACAAGCCUUGGCUGUACCACCAGAACCAAAUCCUCCAGUGUUCCCGGCCGGCACUGAUCCAAAAUUGCUUGCAUCAGGCGAAGUCAAUGACGAAUGGUUGACAAAAUGGCUUGGCUACGUUGCUCAUAUCACUGGCGACGAAGACACUUCCAAAAUCCUGACCGAAGAAGACGCCAAAGAACUCAUCAAGCCAGAUCGCAGCGACGAAACUCAACAAGAUCGACAAAAGCGAAUCAGCAACGAGUUGGACAUGGUCGCUGGAUGGAAUAUCGUUGAACAACAACCACAGGAAGCCGUUCAAUCCAGCCCCGAAGCAGAGCCUGCUCCCGUCAAACCUCCAGCAAAAAAGAAAAAGCAGAGGUUCAACCCUAAACCAAAAGGACAACCUUACAUUCCAAAAGCAAAGAGAAAGGCUCAAGAGCUUGCGGCAAAGAAGCAGGCCAAGAAGAAGGCUGAAGCAGAGGCUGCUGAAGCCAGACUUGCUCAAGAAGCUCAAGAAACACAAGAAGCGACGCCGAACGAAGCAACAGCGGCACAUGAAACAGAAGCUGUACCCGAACCGGCAAUCGAGCAACCAGUUGCCAUGCAAGACACAGAGGCUCCAACGGAUUGGUUGACUGAUCUCAUGAAUGCUACAGAGCCAAUCAUACCAGAGGAAGAACAAGGAAAGAAGGCGAAAAAGAGCAUGAAAGGAAAAGGAAAGGCCAAAGUCGUUUGA